AUGGCUGUGGCGCAGGAUGGGAAUGGUAACAUUUUUCCAAUUGCUUUCGCUAUUGUCGAGGGUGAAAGCAAGGAUGCUUGGAGUUUUUUCCUUCGUAAUCUAAGAAGCCACGUGACACCCCAACCCAAUCUAUGCCUAAUAUCAGACAGACAUCCAUCGAUUAAAAGUGCCUAUGAUGAUCCUGCAAAUGGAUGGCAAAAUCCUCCGUCUUCACAUGUCUACUGCAUUAGGCAUAUCGCGCAAAAUUUUAUGCGUGUGAUUAGAGACAAGGAACUACGUAAAAAACUCGUCAACAUGGGUAAUAGUCUAAUUGAUCUUUGUGAAACAAAUAGAGAUGCUUUGGAGUGGAUUGAAAAUAUCCCCAGGGAGAAGUGGGUAAGGGCGUUUGAUAGAGGGAAACGAUGGGGACACAUGACGACUAACCUUGCAGAAGCAAUGAACUCUGUGCUAAAGGCAACCAGAAACCUUCCAAUAGCGUCUUUGUUUUCGGCCACAUAUUUUCGGAUGGGAGCAUUAUUUGGUCAACGUGGACAUGAAUGGACAAAGAGGUUGACAUCAGGCCAAACUUUUACAGACAAGUGUAUCAAGGGGAUGACUGAAGAAGUCAACAAAGCAAGCAGUCAUAAUGUUUAUCCGUUUGACCGGGAGAGGUUCUAUUUUAUGGUGGCCGAAAGAAUAAACCGCAACGAUGGUCGACCAACUGGUACUUACGGUGUUGAUCUGCGAAAAAGAACAUGUGAUUGCGGAAAAUUUCAAGUGUUCCAUUUGCCUUGCUCACAUGUGAUUGCAGCAUGUGAAAGUAUACGCCAAGACUACACCAUUCACAUACCCGACGUGUUCAAGAUUCAGCAUGUUUUUAAAGUCUACCAACAAAGCUUCCAGAUCCUCCCACAUCAAGACAAUUGGCCGCAAUAUAGAGGAGCUACUAUUUGUCAUGACGAAACUAUGCGUAGGAAAAAGAGAGGUCGCCCAAAUAGUACUCGGAUUCGAACCGAAAUGGACGACGUGGAAAAGGAAAAGAGAAUGUGUGGGAUAUGCCGUGAAGUAGGCCAUAUCCGAAGUAAAUGUCCAAAUGUAGCAGGCCCGUCCAAUAGGCCUCGUUAA